AUGGCACCCGAUCCGAGUAGUCUUGAGCUCGCUUCAUACCUGAACUUUCUCUUGACACAUCGCGUUGUCGUUGUAACCCCAUGGAUCAUUGGCUCGACGCUGGAUGUCUUUCUCGGAGGCGUCUAUCUUGUAUUAUUGGUUCAACUCCUCGUCACUUACUUCAAGUCUCCAUUCAACCGCAAUCACUCCGAUGGUCGACGACCACCCAGAAUUCUUAUUCUGGUCUGCGUAGUCACAGCAUUGACAGCUUUCAAGAGUGCCCUUGCACUUUAUAUCCUGUUUCUGAAUUCGAUCAUCCUCAGCAAUGAUCCUCUCCGCCUCACGAUUGCCGUUUUCACAAAUUGGGUGAUGGUUACUUCCCCGCUCAUGACACAGCUGGUCAACCUUGCCGUCCAGUCAUAUUACAUCACGCUUCUGUACAACCUUUUUCGAGUGGACGCAGGCCAGCUCUUCCACCCGCUCUUCCGGGCUGGAUUGUUCGCCAUGAUACUCAUUUGUAUUGUAGCGGCAACGACGAUGGGCACGCUCGCAGUUUACGAACUCCUUUCCUUCAAAUUUCGCCAUCCGGGCCUCUACUUGACCCUGCAACUUGGAGCUUCGUUCAUAGGAGAUGCCCUCAUCACUGGAGGCACUGUGUACUGCCUCCUCAAAUCGAAUAGCUACUGCAUUCGUGAUAAGUCGAGUUUUGCUCGCUUCGCCCGCUUCAUUGCAUACAGCGCUUUCAUUCCAGCAGUUUUGGCAUUAUUUAACCUAUCUAUUGUGGCUGCGAACGUCUAUUAUAACCGGUGGCACAUUAUCUUUGAUUUUGCUCUUUCAAAGGUCUUCGCUAUAUCCUUCAUCUGGACACUUCAACUUCGCCGGCGAUUGGUCCUCCAAAAGUCGACCACAUCAAAUCGUGCAAACGUUCCACCGUCACGCUGCAUCUGUGAGCCGACACAGCUCAGUAGCCCGCGUCAACGCCAUGUCUCCAAUUGUCCAGCGUUCGGUAGCCCAGCGUAUUACGACGUCGGGAGGUAUGCAGAAGCGUUGGAAGCAAGGGCACGAGUGAAUGGCAAAAGGGAAACAGAUGAAUACCUUGCUUCGCCCUCUAUGCUUGCAGCGACCGUGCCAGCCCCACGGACCGAGAUGUCGAGGGACGAGGAGGACAAGUUUGAGAUGGGCGUUUACAUAGAAAGAAUACCCUCGCCGGAUGGAAUAAACGGACAGAGACAUCAGCGGUUCAGUUUGGUGCAGGUUGAAGGAGCAAACCGCGGGCGAGAGGCCGCUCGAGAGGGUACAAAAGAGAAACGCGAUCGGAACUCAUCAGAGACGAAUAGCCCGGUAAAGACAACGUUUCUCAAUCUCAAGUCAUGA